GAGGCCGACACCGAAGCAUCGCCACCAAACGGGGGCUCGGUCCAACCCCCGGCGAGGCCUGCAGGGUGGGGCCAGCUAGGAGCCGGGAUAAAUCCAGGGAUUUUGGCGGAGCCUUGGCUCUCCCUCCUUUCCCUGGAAGGCUCCAGGCGGCCUGGCGGAGCCGCAGGGCCAUGCAGCCGCCGGGGCGGGUGCGGAGGCUGGCGGUGAGGCUGCAGCACGGCGUGGCGCACGGCAGCGGGCAGCUGCUGCACGGCUGGGUGCAGCUGGAGCUGCGCGGGGCGCUGCGGGUGCGGGCGCUGGAGGUGUGUGCCCGGGGCCUGGCCGCCGUGCACUGGGUGGAGAGCCGCAGCAUCGGCCUCAACGUCGUCUACCGGGACUACACGGCCUACCAGACCUUCCUGUACCGGCGCCGCCAGCUCAUCCCCGACAAUGGUGAGGCCACUGUCCUGCAGGCAGGAAGGCACGAGUUCCCCUUCACCUUCCAGCUCCCUGAGACCCUGGCAACCUCCUUCGAGGGGAAGCACGGCAGUGUGCGCUACUGGGUGAAGGCCAAGCUGCACAGACCCUGGUCAACAGUGAAGAAAGCAAAGAAGGAGUUCACUGUGAUUGAACCCAUCGACAUAAACACCCCUGCACUGCUGGCUCCCCAGGCAGGUGCUAAGGAGAAACUUGCUCGUGCCUGGUACUGCAACCGUGGCCAAGUAUCUGUGACUGCCAAGAUUGACCGAAAAGGCUACACCCCAGGUGAGGUCAUCCCCAUCUUUGCCGAGAUCGACAACUGCACGAGCCGCGCCGUGGUGCCCAAGGCAGCCAUAAUCCAGACCCAGACCUUCGUGGCCCGGGGCACCAAGAAGCAGAAGAAGUCGGUGGUGACCAGCAUCACUGGGGACCCCAUUCCGGCUGGCAAGCGGGAGGUGUGGCACGGGCGGGCGCUGAAGAUCCCGCCCGUGGGGCCCUCCAUCCUGCAGUGCCGCAUCAUCCAGGUGGAAUACUCCCUGAAGGUUUGUGUGGAUAUUCCUGGGACGUCCAAGCUGCUCCUGGAGUUGCCUCUGGUCAUCGGGACCAUCCCGCUGCAUCCCUUCGGGAGCCGCACCUCCAGCGUCAGCAGCCAGUACAGCGUCAACCUGGACUGGCUCAGCACCAUCCCGGAGCAGCUGGAGGCCCCCCCUGAGUACUCAGCAGUGGUGUCCAGCCCAGAGGCCGAGCAGAGCCUGGCUCCUCCGUGCCGCAGCGAGCUCGGGGACAUCCUGGAGGGUCCCUUCUUCGCCUACAUCCAGGAAUUCCGCUUCCGACCGCCUCCGCUGUAUUCAGAGGUGGAUCCGAACCCCGCGUCGGACGGCAUCCGCCCGCGCUGCAUGACGUGCUGAGAGGAGUGGCAGCUGCGGCGGCUGCGGCGGCAGCGUGACGAUCCUGCGGAUGGCAGCUUGCACCCUCACGGCACUCGGGGCUGGAAACGGGCACGGGAGGCCCCGACCCCGCUCCUGUGACUGUCCCACGGGCCCAGGGCCAGAGAACGCGAGGGGCUGGCAGUGUGGAGCGGCCGGGCAGGGUUCAGAACUGCCCCGGGAUUUUGGGCUUAGAACGGGGAAUACGAGCCGAGAUUGCUCUCUCCUUGCCUGCACUCUGAAAAACUUCUGUCUGCUCCUGGUGUGGAAAGCAGGAGCUUGGAGGCGUUUCUCAGGAUCACUGGAGGAUGUUUGGAUGGUGCUCAGGGUUGGGCCCCAGGGGAGAUGCAGGUGCAGCCCUUCAGGUGUGGCUCACCAGGACUGCAGGUCCCCAAGGCAGUGAAAGGUUCCUUUUCUGGCUGGAUGAAGCAGAGGGCUGAGCCACUGCUGAUAAUCUUUGCCACAAGCCUGUGGGUGCCUGCGGGGGGAAUGGUUCGAGCCACUUAACCAAACUCUAAAGGCCUCCAAGGGCUGAUAAAAGGACUUGGGAGAUGAAUUUAUGACCUGUCCCAGUGUUCUGGUGCCGUUUACAGAGAACAGGGAAGCUGGUUCGUGAGUGUCAGCACCAAACCUGCUCAGUGUGCUGGUGCCUCCCCCAAGAUGGGGCUGAAACCAGCCCCCAAACUGGUACCAGCACAGGGGCUUGGAGCUGUGGCUGGUGGCCAAGAAAGAGAGAAGGAAGCCCAGUCUAAGGCUGGUGGCAGCCACAGAUGCUGAGGGGAGAUGUGGAGUUGGGAUGAAUCCUUUAGGGCUGGGGGUCCUUGGUGCUGCACCCACAGAGGGGUGGGGGGCCCUGGUGGGGUGAGGACACAGCAGCAACCUGUGCUCACUGGGGUGGGAACAGUGUGGGGAGGGUGAGCUGGAUGUUGUGAGGAGCCAGGGGCUGACCCUGCUCACUGCAGGGGGACCUGAGCAGAGUUUGAGGGCCGAGGACCUUUGCAUUCCCUCACUGAGACAAUCCCUGGCUGUGCACAGCCAAAGCCAGCGUGCCUUGGGCUCUGUGCUGGGGUUGCUCAGAUGAGUCUUUUCUAUCUGUGAACACUUUUGUAAUGACCACUCUUUGUCUCUACACUUUUUGUACGACUUUUUGGUGGGGAAUUUUUUUUGUCUGAAAUAAAUUCUUUAAACCAAA